AUGUUUCAGUGGAGCAUGUCAAAGAUGCACAUCCGGGCUGCAGGUGAUUUCCAAGCAUCCAUCAUGAAUCCGCUGCUCCUUACCGUGCCCAUCACUGGACAUUUCGAGGCAUUACUUGGUCACGUGGCUCUCACAAUAUCAGUUCGGCUGGAGAAUACCAUCGGCUCACCUCAAGUACGAUCGGCGCUCUGCCAAUCGAGCAUCGGCUACGUCGAUCUAAACGUGCGGAAUACCGGUGUUAUUACGGACUUUUUCAUCAAUGCAUUUAAAGCAUUUCUUAUUGCCCACUUCAAGCCGCAAGUGGAGCAAAGAAUGUGCCGAAUGAUCGAGACGAUUAUUAAUCAGGACAUGAAUCAACUGCUGAGUACAAUGCCUUUAAAGGUUAGACUGGCUCUUGAACAGCUCCCUUUCUUUCAACUCGAAUAUUCUUCUGCGGAUUAG